AGGAGAGGUUUUUGAAGUAUAUAUGCUCCGAGUUGCGAAGCGAUCGCUCCUUCAAGUUCCUCCCACGACAACAGAGAUAUUUAUCAUUUGGCCAUUUUCCUGGAAUUGGGUAUUUCAGAGCCUCAAUAGCCAUGUUCAAAUCAAUCCUUUUGGUUGGCGCCAUAGGUGUGGGUAGCUUUGGUGACUAUGUCGCCCACGAGCUCAUCAAGGACCCAACACAUUUCACUCGGAUUGCCUUCUUCAACAACAUCUCGAGGCCCACCGAUGAAGCCAAAAAAGCCCGGAUCCAAGAACUGAAAGCACAAGGAUUUGAGAUCAUCGAUGCCGCCGAUUAUGCUUCCCCAAAAGCCUACGAAGGCUUCGACUGUGUGCUGAGUUUCCUCGGAAAUCAUGGGCUAUAUCUCCAGCCUGCCAUCAUUGACGCCGCCAUUGAGGCUGGAGUCCGCCACUUCUAUCCAAGCGAGUACGGCGCCGAUAUAACUGAGGGCCAGAAUUGGACUCAGCGCUACUACAAGUACAAAGUCCAGACGCGCGAGCAUCUUGACGCAAAGGCGCAGGAGAUCCCUGACCUGGGAUGGACGUACUAUCUGCUUGGCCGGUUGACGGAAUGGUCCGUAAUCUCACACUUUGGCUUCGACAACAAGAACGCAAAAGCCAAGAUCUACGGCACGUCAUCGGGUAGACAGAGCCUGAUCAGCGCCCAGGAUAGCGCCCGAUAUCUCGUCGAGACGUUGAAAGAACCACUUUCUCCUCAGGCCAAGGGGAGGCGGAGAACAUAUCGCAUCUCCGGAAGCGAUCCCACGUACGCGGAGAUAUUCGAGAUCCUCGAACGAGUCACCGGCAGAAAGUACGAUGUCACAUACCUGGACGUCGAGAGCGCAAAGCAAGAGGAAGCACAAGCCAAGGUAUCAGGCGAUAUCGAUGCAGAGUUGGCGGCAAGCCAUAAAUUGAUUCAGGGGAGGGAGGGGACCCUGCUACCACGGCCCUGGGAUAAUGACCGUUUCCCACAGAUCCAUCCCAAGAAUGUUGAGGAGACGCUGCGCGAGGCUUUUGCAUCUGAGCGCGCGAAGCUGGUGUAUGGAUUGGAGUGAAUAUCUCUGUUUAGAACCUCGCCAUUCGACGGCAAGGUGCAGGC